AUGGAAAUAAAGAAAAUUUACAAAAAGGUAAGGUAUUAAAUUCUCAAAUUAGGAAAAGAACUUUUAUGGAUUACCCUGCUUGCUCUUGCAAAUCUUAGCUAAAAAAGAAUCUGUAAAGUUAAAGACUUAAUUUAUAAUUGAGUCAAACGAUAUUAAUUGA